AUGGGAGACUCACGCCUCAAUCAUUUGGGCAGCGUGUUGGAGUCGAAAAACAGUACCCUACGCAGAGAAGCGGCACUAGCAUUUGGCAAAUACUGUCUUUCCGAUUGCAAAGUUACAGAGGUUCUAUUUAAAUAUAUUUGCUCGCCAUCAUGGGAUGCUCGUGUGGCUGCUGCGGAUGCAUUACAUGCUUUGCUUCGAAAUAUGAGCAGUUUUAAUGGAAAAAUUGAGGAGGUUCCCGUUCUCGUCAGUCUCAAAGAAAUCAACGCUGAAUAUGUGCUGAAAACAUUCAAACCUUUGUUAAGUGAUGAUGGUACAGCGUUAAAUGCCGGAGCAAAAGUGAAUGUACACCAACAACGUCUAGUUCUUGAUCAACAUCUGGACAUGAGCGCUUCUAUCGGUAUAACUUCGGCAGGCUUUUUAAAUGACGUUGAUGUAUUACCGCAAAGCACUAGCAAUUCUCCUCGUCAAGAGCCAGAAGAGCUUCUCACUGCGGACUGCUCAAAGCUGAAAACCGAGGUGAAAGCCGAAGAUUUUGAGAGUGGCGCAGGUGAUAGGGUGGAGUGUGCAUCGCAAAAUGCUUUUCUACAGUUCUAUUGCAGAUUGCUUCCCCUAUUAGCUGAUCAACGAUGGCAGUUCAGACAUGGAGCUGCUAUUGCAAUGGCUAGAAUUUUGUCUACCUCUUACUAUAGAAUACCUCUCCCCUUCGUCGAUUCAUGUGCUUUACAAUUGCUUCAUGUUUUAAUCCUUGAUCAGUUCAACGACUUUGUCUCAGGUCGUAGCGCCACUGCACCUGUACGUGAAACCUGUGCACAGGCUCUAGGUCAUUUUCUACAUAAAACGGACUCUCUUCGACAAACGGUGGUUCUUGGUCAUCUUCGUCAUCUUUUAUCAAUGCAUGGAGAACGGAAAUGGCACUGUCGACAGAGUGCUUUGCUUGUCUUCAAAUAUUUCUUUGCUGUUGCAUCCUCUUCUGAAGCUUUCAACGAUUGCUUUAAGCUAGUGGUUUCUUGUUUAAAUGACCCCGUUGAUGAUGUCGUGUCUUGCGCUGUCACAACGCUAUCAUCUUUGCUUUCCAAUCCAUCAGUGGAUAGUAAGCGGUCAGAUCUUAUCCAACAAGUGAUGUCGAAUGUGUGGCAGUUGCUUGAACAAGAAUCGAAGAAAGAGCAGCUUCGUACUGGUUUGGAUGCUCUUGCGGUAGAUCUGAUUAGUAUUGUGGAAACGUGGUUGCGAUUGCAAGAGACGUCUGUUUUGACUAGGGAACAAAUUAUGACUAUUGUUAGUAUGGUGGAUGAGCAGUUUCAAUCGAGAUCCCAGAAAAUUAUUACCCUACUUUUUACAGCUUUCAAACGAGAUGAAGGAGUUUUGAAUGGAACGGACAUUCUUACCAUUCUGAAACUCUUCUAUCGUAUAUUACUGUUUACUGCACCAGCAUCAGAUAUGAUAUUAUUGGAAAAUGUGUAUAUUACGUCAAAGACACUACUAGAGAAAUAUGGGUCGGAACUUAUACAGUCAAAAGCUUUAUUAGAUAAAAUAGGACCAUGGGCGGGUUGUUUGCUUCUUGAUCAUAGAAGCGCUGUAAUAGAUGUAUUUACAUAUUGUGUCGACAUCGCGACAAGCUCACGAGAUGAUCCUUUGGUUAGGAUGGCAAGUGAAGAAGUGCGGUGUCUAUCGGAUAAAGAAAAAGAUGAUGUGUAUAUAACUCGGAAGAUUAUUGCUGCAAAAUUUCUAGCUGCUAUUAUUCAAUUACAUUAUGAGAGUAGGAUUGAUCUUGAAGGACAACCAGUAACUGAUGCAAUUCAGCUGUUGUUUGCCCCAUUUCUGAGCUCAAAUCUCUUGUAUCAAAAUCUUGGUGCCGCUGUAAUAUUGAAUGAAUGGGCUGCUGUUUACAGAGAGUCCAUGAAUAGAGGUGUCCAGCUGGAUCCUCCCGUAACUCUACUUCAAAUUUGUGAUGCCUUCCUUAGGGCACCGGCGAAGAGCUACGAUGAACUGACUUCAGCAGUUAAUCAUCUUACAAUGGACUGCAAAGAGUUCGUCGACUAUUGUGUCUCAAGAGGAGUUGACAGGAGUAAGCUGAGCUUGGAAGAGUCUGUUUCUGUUGAGGAAAUUAGCAAGGUGGCGUAUGAUUUGUGCUUACGCGGUUUAACAGCUCCUAAUCAUAUCGAAUCCCUCAAUACACGAUACACUGUCCUGACUGAUUCGAUAGAAUUCACCAAGAUGGCGGUUAAGACGAACACAACAAGAGUGUUGGCAUUUCUAUCAUCAGCCUUGUUUUAUUUUGGAUUUGCUCCUGAAAAACUCACACCAAUGGUGCGACCACUCGUAGAAUGCAUGCAAAACGAACGGAAUUCAACUGUGUCCGCUGAGGUUUUUCGAGGAGCUGUGACGUUAAUGAUCGCCUAUAGUUGGCCAAGAACGCCACGGCCUUAUGUGAAAGUUCUUGCUCGUGCUAUGGAUAUGUUCUCAAGUUGUUCCAAUCGCAUUCCUAAACCGGAAGAUUGGGGAGCUAAGGAUCAACAACAUCUGAUCCUGUCUCUACAGUGGACAGACCCGGAAAAACGUGUUUUUUCUUCUCCAAGCGCAAACGCAGAGCUGAUGUUUCUUGUAUGUUCAACAUUCGCGGUCGAUCAAUUACCAGAGUUUUACGAGCAUUUUGCCUUGGACAAUUGCACGAAUCAACAGGUAUUAUUGUCGCGAAUGGCGUUGCACGAUUGUCUGUGGUCAAGAGUAGGGUCUACACUGUCGGACGCUUCCACUUCACUUAUACUGGAGCUUCUGGCUAGCCCAAACCCUGCCCUUAGGUUUGCUGCAGCUAAAUCUGUGGAAACUUUUGCUCGCUCUCGUCUUGGUGAUACCAUUUCACGAACAUAUCACCAAUUGUCCUCGAUGCUUUCCAAUGUUUCGAAUCCAAAUGAGAGGAAAGGUGCCAUUGAAGCUAUGUUAAGGUUGUCCUUCAUCGAUUCUGCUCUCAAUGGUGCUGUUUCCUUGCUAGCUCCUUUGGUGUUCGUACGAAUGACUGACAAAUUAGAAGAGAUCCGAGAAGCGGCUGGAGAAGCAUUUCGUAACAUGGUUCCACUGUUAGCGUUGGAGGAUGUCACCGUGCCGGUGCCGGGACUAAACGAAGAGUUGUCAGCAAAACGCACAGAAAGUGCAGAGUUUGUGAAUGUUCUGUCUGCACCGAAUAAAUUGGCUCUCGUUGAGACAUCCACAAUUCGUGGACUUUGCAAAACGAUUCAACUGAGGCACUAUCAGGCGGAAGGAAUAACAUGGAUGCGUUUCAUGCGAAAAUUUGGUCUUAACGGAAUCCUUGCCGAUGAUAUGGGUCUUGGAAAAACUUUGCAAACCUUAUGUGCUCUCGCUUUAUCGAUCGAUAACGAUGCUCAACUAACUAGUCGAUGUUCAUUGAUUGUAUGUCCACGGACAUUGGUUGACCAUUGGUGUAACGAAUGGCGUCGCUUUUUCCCUGGCAGAACGCCAGCACGUCACGUCGAAGGAGCGCCAACGAAGUGGAAAUCUGCAGAGAUUGUGGUUGCAGCAUAUGAGGACCUUAAAGGGAAUUCCUCAUUAGGCCGUGUUGCAUGGAACUAUGUUGUAUUGGACGAGGGUCAUGUCCUAAGAAAUCCCAAAACUGCGAUAUGGCGAGCGGCAAACGAGCUGAACUGCACUAGUCGGCUGAUUUUGUCCGGCACACCGGUUCAAAACAGCCCAGCUGAUCUAUGGGCUUUGUUCACUUGGUUGAUGCCCGGUUAUCUUGGGGAUGAAAGGCAUUUCCGUGCGCAAUUCCUACGGAAGAUUCUCAGGUGUCGAAGUCAUAAAGCAACAGAAAAGGAUAUACAAGACGGAUCUGAGGCAGUAUCUCAUCUUCAUCGUUUAAUUCUUCCGUUUAUAAUGAGGCGAUUGAAGUCGGAGGUUCUACGAGAGUUGCCCGAUAAGAAUGUGCAAGACUACGAAUGUCAGCUAAGCGAUGAACAAAAGACCAUAUACAAGUUUAUUGUUGACAGGUGUACCGCUAACCGUACUCAGUUGGCUGCACGACGUGGUAUCUCUCCUCUACAUGCACUUACUGCAUUACGACAGUUAGUAGAUCAUCCGCUUCUCAUCGAAGACGUUCUCACGAAAUUAGGUGCUCCGGAAGAGAUUAAGAAGCUGCUACCAUCGGCUUCAUCUGGCAAAAUGGCUGCUCUAGGACAGUUAUUGAAUGAAUGUGGCAUCGGAUUAGUUGUGGAGAAAGAAGAUCCGGAAGACGAAGAUCCACUAUCAGCGAUACCAGUGGAAAUGCCACAUCGUGCGCUGAUAUUUUGUCAAUGGAAGUCAUCUGUACAGUUGGUUUCAAGUGCACUGACGAGAGGAGAUUUUGGCGCACCGAUAUCUCAUCUCGUUCUCGAUGGAUCCGUUGCACCCUCGGAUCGCCAGUCAGUGGUUGAUCGAUUCAAUACCGAUCAUCUGAUCGAUGUACUUGUGCUUACAACACAUAUUGGUGGAGUUGGUUUGAAUCUUACGGGUGCUGAUGUAGUGAUUUUCCUUGAUCAUGACUGGAAUCCUAUGAAAGACCUGCAAGCUAUAGACAGAGCGCACCGUAUUGGUCAGACAAGAAAAGUGAACGUUUACCGACUAAUCACUCAGGGUACAAUUGAGGACAAAGUCAUGAGCUUGCAUAAGUUCAAGCAGGACACGGCAGAUGCAUUGAUUGGAGCUGAUAAUCGAUCACUGCAAACGAUGGCUACGGAUGAACUAAUGAAUAUGUUCAUAUUAGACGGUGAACAACCAUCAAAAGAGAAUGGAGGUCCUGAAGCGAAGAAAAAACGCAAAACUGCAACUGUAACAUCGGACGUAUCAUCGGUGGAGGAUCGCUGGAAUUUGGCGGAAUUAUGGGAUGAAAGCCAAUAUGAGCAACAGUUUGAUGUGUCUCAAUUUAUUAAGGAUGCUGUGUAG